AUGAAAGUUCCAAGAGUUUUUUCGCUUGUGACAGAUUAUAUGAAAAGAACAAUCGAAGAAAUUACAGAAUUAAAUCUUGAAACUUUUUUGCCUGAAUGGUUAGACUUAAAAGAGAUUGCACGAUUCCAAUUAUUCGUUUGUGAUACAUAUGAUGCCCUCGGAACAAUCCUAAAAGUUAAAUCAGACCUUUUGCCUCAUCAACAAUUCCAUAUUAUUGUUGGAGCAGCUGUCGCCGAGUCCGAAUCCGAAUUGCUCAAUUAUGCUAAUUCAUUUAUUGAUCUCGUCGAGUCAACUUCACAAAAUUCAAUUCCAUUUUUGUUUGUUUUUUCGGAUGUAACAGCUAAUGAUGCAAAACUCUCUCAGUACUCGACAUUACUUCCUGCAGAUACGAACGAUGUAACUACUCUUGAGCGUCAUGUUAAACAAGGAUUGCUUUUAAGGUUCACGAACUUCAUUAUGAACCAAAGCGCCGAAAUUGAACGCCUCGCUAAUAAUGAAUCCGCAGAAUCAUAUCUAAAGAUCGCUUCAAUUCUCUGGAUUUUUGGCGGUUUUACAAAAGCCUCUGAAUACUUCGAGCAAGCACUCAAACUCAGAUCUGUCCAAAUUAACACUGAAAUCUUAGAAUUAUCUCUCAGUCCAAAAUACGUCGGAUCCGUUGAUAAAUACUGUAAUAAGUCAGAUCUCCCUGUUUACUUCGAAGAUCUCAAGGAAUCAAAUCUGCCUUUGAUUGUCAGAUCAAUUCUCUCAAAUGCAAACGACGUUACAGAAAAAACAUGCAUUAUUCGUAUUCUUUACAAAUUAGCGGCCAGAUAUCAAGAACAUUCACGCCGCUUUAUUCUACAAGCAAUAAAAUUCUGCCGCAAGCACAAAAAGAAAUACAUGGAGUACUAUCAGCUCGGAUUAUUAUUAUUGAACCAUUUCGGUCAUUCAAGGACGUUCCUUUACGAAAUAAGCGAUCUAUACAAGACAAGGAUUAAACUUCCACCAUAUCUUAUUGAUAUUUUUGCUCGUGCGAUUACAAGUGCAAAUGAUUGGCUCGAUCAGCGCAUUCACAUUGCAUCACAGCUCUUUUUAUCAGAAGACGCGCACAGAGAAAUCAAGAUCCGUAUGAUUGAGUAUCUUUUGGACAAUUUGCAUGCAGUAAAUCCAGAAAAACAAGAACAGUUCAUCAAAUCCGUCCCAGCGGGUACUCAAGUUGUAGCAAGGAAUGCUAUAGAGGUCACAGAGUUCAGAUACAUCAUUCCCGACCAGCCAAUUGAAAGAGCAACAAAAGGGAACUCGGUUUUUAUUUUCAAUGCUUUACAAAAACGAUCGUUAGGAAAUGUGGUUUCUGUUGGUGACCAAUUAUCUUUUAUGCUUACACUUAAGAACCCAUUAAAUGUUAAUUUGGAGAUCUCUGUUAUGGCAAUUGACUCGACAAGCGGAUUUGCACAGCCAUUUGCAUGCAACUUGCGUGCAAAGAAGUCCGCCCAGCUCCCAUUGACCAUAAAGAUGACACAACCUGGCAAAAUAGAGAUCCUUGGAGCAACAUUUAAUAUUUAUGACAUCUCAUUCCAGUAUAAACUUCCGAAACCAAUAGAAUUCGAGGUCAUUGAGGAACUGCCAACACUCAUAGCAUGCCUUCCGUUCAGACAAUAUGAUAAUGUCACUGAAAAUUCUUAUAAUGAAAUUUCAUUUGAGCUAAUUAACAGUGGAAACGUCGAAGUUGACAUCCACCGCAUAAAAUUUGCUCAAGCUCCACCGAUUUAUUCCGGUACAAGUCUUCCUGUUCCGUAUCCUCCGAAAUUAAAUCCAUCUUUGCCACCAACACUUAAUCCUGGCCAGUCAUACAAGUUCAAUGUCCAACUACAGAUGGAUCAGACCUUCACAAACCUCUCAUUCGGCAUAGAAUACGGCCGCAGAGGAUAUAUCAGAAGAUUUGAAUACGAUAGACAGUUAUCUCUCAUUGAUGGACCGAGGAUAACAAGAGUAGAGACUGUUCCUCUCGAAGAUCACAACGAUUUCGAUGAUGACCACACAACUUUAUUAAUUAUUAUCCAAAAUCCAACGAACGAUCCAAUAACGGUCGACUCAAACAUUGCAGGACAAGUUUUCAUACCAAGACAGAGCUUCGGAACGUUGAUUGUCCGCAUCCAAAGAAUAGAAACACCAGAUGACUUCACAGGCAAAUGGAAUGACAUUGGAUUGACUACUGAGUACGUCAGGAAGGCAGAAGUAGCCGAAAUCAAUGCUAAACAAAGAGAAAUUUCAGAUGAAGAAAGAAGAUUAUUAUGGACUGCCUUAUACAUCAAGCAAAAGAUUUGCCAGCAACUAACACUUAAAUGGCAUAACCAGCAUGGUUUUGGUGGCAAUUUGCCCCUUUCUCAUGUCAUUUUAGAUCCAAGAGUCUUGACACUUUUACAAAAGCCAUCGUUCGAUGUAAACAUCUCAAUUAAAAAGCAAGAGAACGAUGUAUACUCACUGACAUGUGAUAUGAAAAGUGAGAACAAGAAGUCAGUCGAUGUCAAGGCUAUGCUGACUUUCAAUGCUGAAAAGUCAUCAGUAAUGAUCGCAGGUAAGUCUGUUUACCAACUCAAGACUCCUUCGACUAUUAAUAUGAUUGUCCAUACAACAUGCAAGAAGAAGCUAUUGGUUACUGGAAAAUUCUAUGUUGGCGAGGCUUUCUUCGUCAAGCUUGCUGAAUUUGACCUCUCUGAACUUUGA